CUGUUUCAAGAAAAUAUAAAAUCCAAAUACCUGAAAAUACUACCUAUUUACCUUUGAAUGAACAUAAUAAUAAUAGCAUUGAAGCUGUUACUGAUAAUAUCAUUAAUAUCCAAAGAGAAAAAGAAAGGUCUAAUGA